AUCCAUACAGGUUUACAGCACCAGAUAAUUUGGCCAUGCCAGCCCAGCUGUUUGCCACUGGACGAGAAACUCCUCCCAGAGCUACUUCAAGAGGCGGGAUACGUUACUCACAUGGUGGGGAAGUGGCAUUUAGGGAUGUACAGAAAAGAAUGCCUUCCAACCCGCAGAGGAUUUGAUACUUACUUUGGCUAUCUUCUGGGGAGUGAGGAUUAUUAUUCUCAUGACCGUUGUGUCUUCAUCAAAGCAAAGAACAUAACGCGCUGCGCUCUGGACUUUCGAGAUGGAGAAGAAGUUGCAACUGGGUUUAAAAACAUGUACUCCACUAAUUUAUUCACAGAAAGAGCUAUAGAUCUUAUAGCCAGUCACAAAACUGAGAAGCCCCUCUUUCUCUACCUUGCUUUUCAGUCUGUCCAUGAACCUCUCGAGGUCCCUGAAGAAUACAUGAAACCAUAUUCUUCCAUUGAAGAUGUAAAGAGGCGCCAUUAUGCAGGGAUGGUGACCCUUAUGGAUGAAGCUGUAGGAAAUCUUACUGAUGCUCUGAAAAGAUAUGGUCUUUGGGACAACACAGUUCUUGUUUUCUCUACUGAUAACGGAGGACAGACCUUGGCAGGUGGAAAUAACUGGCCACUGAGAGGAAGAAAAUGGACCCUCUGGGAAGGAGGAGUGAGAGGAGUAGGCUUUGUUGCAAGUCCUUUGCUGAAAAGAAAAGGUGUAGAAAGUCAUGAACUCAUCCAUAUCUCUGACUGGCUGCCAACACUGGUGCACCUUGCUGGAGGACAUACCAAUAGCACUAAGCCUUUGGAUGGCUUUGAUGUUUGGAAAACGAUCAGUGAAGGAAGAGCUUCCCCCAGAGUGGAACUGCUGCAUAACAUAGACCCCAUGUUUGUGGAUAACUUCCCAUGUCUUGGCAUUGAUAACAGGACAUCUUUACCACAGAGCAAUUCUUCUCCGUGGGAUGACUCACUUUUCAAUAUAUCCAUGCAUGCAGCAAUCAGACAUGGAAAAUGGAAGUUACUAACUGGAUAUCCAGGCUGCAGUCAUUGGUUCCCUCCACCGUCUUUGUUCAAUGAGUCAAAGAUUCAAUCAUCUGAUCCACCAACAAAGAGACUUUGGUUAUUUGAUAUUGUUCAUGAUCCUGAAGAGAAAAAUGAUUUGUCUGAAAAACAUCCUCAUGUGGUGGAAAAAUUGCUCUCACGGCUUCAGAAUUAUCAUAAACGUUCAGUGCCCGUGUUCUACCCUGAUGAGGAUCCUCACUGUGAUCCAGCAGCAACUGGGGCUUGGGGUCCCUGGGCAUAG